UGACUGUGCUAGAAGCUGAUGGCUAAAGUAUGGAUACUAAGUUAGAAGCAAAUGACUCGGACGAACAGACAUACAGACAUACAGGCAGAUAGACAGGCAGACAGACAAACAGACAGACAGACAGACAGACAGACAGUUGUGAGGGUGCACUCUUCCUUGGUCCUCCAAUUGGUUCGUUGUCAUUCGUUACAUCCUCUUGUGCCACCAUAGCCCAGUCAAAGCUCUCACUGUGCGAUCAGCUUACCAAAUUGGAUGAUGUUCAGAGUGCAAUGCUGUUAUUACAAUGCUGUUACGUCCCCAACAUUACCCAUUUGGCCCGGACAGUCCAUCCUGAUUUGCUAGUUCAUGCUUCUACAAUCCAUGACUCUGUGACAAAAGAAACCUUUUCUUACCUCUUAGGUUAUGACAUGGUUGAUGACAGGAUUGGCAUCAGGCUUCUUACCCAUCAGAAUGGGCGGUUUCGGAACAACUCUUUUGCUGUCAGUGAAACAGACAGCUUUUGCUGCAUCCUGGGCCAACGCUUUUACAGGGCUGCCAUUCCAAUUCCCUGUUUACUACCUAUCAUCGACAGUCUCUUAAGCUCUUCAACCUCUCCAAUCAGCGAGGCCAUAGAAAGGUCUGUCCCUCCAGAAAAACAUAUCUCUGACUACCUGCCAUGUGCUGGAAAAGUUCAACAAAGGCUAUCUUCUGUCACUGCUUCCUCCAAUGCUCAGUAUCUACUCAAAAAUGCCCCCACUGCCAGAAAUGCAGCCCACCUACGCUCAACAACAGGUAAGGACGCUGAGACUUGGCUUAAUGCUAUCCCUACAUCGGAAGUGUUCGCAUUCAAUUCUUGCGAAUUUCGCUUGGCGUCCUUCCUUCAUUUGGGUUUGCCCAUAGCCUUCUCCAGAUGGACAAUGACAUGCAAUUGUGGAGCUCUUAUAGAUGACAAUGGAUACCAUUUGCUGACCUGUAAGACUUGUGGCGGGCCGAUAUGGUCUCACAAGUCCAUUUCGUCUGUCUGGUCUGAUUGUUUUCGUGGGUUGCAUAUCCACCACCGCAGGGAGCCGAGGAGUCAUUAUACAACUACAGACAACAGACCGGACAUCGUAUUUUUUACAGACAUAGGAAACAACGUUGACCUAGAUAUCUCCCUCGCCUACCCAUGGAGUAGUGACAUCUUUCCAUCAUCUGCUGUUGUUAGUGGUGCUGCUGCAGAGAGGAGAGCAGACAGAAAGAAAGAGAAAUACAGCAAACAGCAAUUACCAGGUGGCAUGAUUGCCACUGUAACCCCACUGGUAAUGGAGCAUUUUGGAGCUUAGGGGAUCGAUGGGUGGAAACUCCUGUGCAAGUUAUCAAAGAAGUCAUCAGACAAAGUGGGACGACCGAACGCUGUGGAGUUUAUCGACCUCUGGUCCAAACGCUUUUCUAUUCAGCUCCAGAAGUGUAAUGCUAGAGUCAUUUCUAAAAAGCUAUCUUCGCUGUCUGAAGACCACAGAUGUGACCUCUUUGCCACCCAGUACUUUAGCCACUAGCUGGUACUGGAGGCUUUGCUUGUACACUGUAGUUUUUAAUUAAGUGUAGUCCUCAUUUUGCUUUACACGAGUUUCAAUUGUAGCUUAGUUUAGUUGAUGAACACUACUAGUAGUUGGACAGUACAUAGUACCCUGCAUUGCAAAAUGCAUCAUAAAUAGAAGUUCAAAUAUAUGUGAUGGACAGACAGACGGACAGACAGACAGGCAGGAAGGCAGGCAGACAGACAAGCAGGCAGACAAACAGUCAGUCAGACAGACAGACAG